GGGUUGAGCACAAUUAGGAAUUGCAUACCUCGCUGCGUUCAUUUCAACCUUUGGUUUAAAACCUACAUAGUUUUAAAAGAGAUUAUCUUAUAUAAAUAAAAAAUUUUUGCACAAAGUUCAAUUUAAAAUUGAUCAUCGUUGCAUCUGCUAUAAGAAGUAAAUUCGUUACAUAAGGCAAACAACUCGUCUAAAAAAAAAACAAUUAUUAUAACAAUUAAACGUAAAAAAAUGGAUCUUAUGGACAGCACGCUGAAAAAUUUGAACGAUCGGACUAAUUCAAUUUACGAAUCAAUAGAAGCAAUUGAUAAAAAACACUGUCGGCUUGAAAAAGACUUUUUAAAAAAUAUUGAUGUUAUUAAAGAACUUAGAGAAAAGGCUCAAGAACUUUUAUCUCGUCAAAAGCAACUUGAAAAAAGUUUUAAAUUCCUUGAGAGUGAUUCAUAUCCUAACAGUUAUAUCCCCACAACCAAAAAUAACCUGGAAGCUUACAAUGAUGACUAUAGCACCAAGAAAGGUGUAUCUAAACAGACUCUUGUGAGAGAACCUGUUAAUGAUCGAAUCCAAUCUACGCAAAAAAAUCGUCAUUCUAGCGAUGACGAUAAUUCAGAAGAUGAAGGCAAAGCAAUACGUAUAUCAUCUAAAGUAACCUUCAGUGACGAUGAAGAUGAGAAAACUCAAGAAAAUAAAAACGUCGAAAAAGGAAAAGUGCGAGACCAUUCCAUAGAUGAAGACGACGAGUAUACUAUUAAGGAAGAAAAAAGAAGUUUUGAGCAAUCAGAAGAACCCAACCAAGAUGAAGAACCAGAAUUAAACGAAGAAGAAGGUUUGUCGAAACCAGAAAACUUGGACGAAAACUAUAAUUCAGAGGACGAAAGACUAAGAGAAGAAGAAGAAGAAGAACGUAUUUGGGAAGAAGAACAACGAAGAAAAGAAGAAGAACGCAGAUUGAGAAAACUUCAAGAAGAAAAUGAUUUUGAUGACGAGUAUGCUCCGAGAGAAGAAGAAUAUUUAGAUGAAGAUAGGGAUGAAGAUAUUCGUGAGAAAAUUGAGAGUUUGAAAGAUGAAGAGUAUGAUCUAAUGCAGCAGGAGGAGUAACAAAAGUUUAAAACUUUAACAAACUUUUUAAAGAAAAACUCCUAAAAAACCCAUUACUACUUAAUACGCAUUUAAAAUUUUUUAAUCGAUGUUUUUUUUAAACAAUUUUCUUGAUAACAAAAUUUUAAAACGGUUUUAA